UCAUUCACUACCGCGCGUUGACCUACGCUGUGCACGCGGCGCGUCCCUGCGAGAGACUGGUUCGCGUUUGUUUGUCCGUCGCUGCUGAACGCAAAAGAAACAUCCGUGCUUGCAUUUCCGCCGUGCACGGACGUAUUACGCCUUUUUUGUGGUUGUUGUUGUUUGGUAUUACACACAGUCUACCUGAUUUGUGUUGUUUUUUUUUUGUUUUGUUUUGGUUUUUUUUUCCUGCACGCGUCCGCUGCUCCUCUCCGCCAUGGAUUUGGUUUGGAUUGUGUACGUGGUGUUGAACGUCAGCGCCUGGUUUGCGUCUGCGGAGCGGCACAGCGUCUACUGGAACAGCACCAACCCGAAGUUUCUGUGGGAUGACUACACCGUGGAGGUGAGGCUGAACGACUACCUGGACAUUGUGUGCCCCCAUUACCCACUGGGCGAGGUGCCGUCGCAGGACCCCGAGCGCUACGUGCUCUACAUGGUGGAGCGCGAGGACUACGACUCCUGCAAACCUCAGUCUUACGACCAGAUGCGCUGGGAGUGCGGCUACCCGUUUGCCCCCCACGCCCCCGAGAAGUUCUCCGAGAAGUUCCAGCGUUUCACGCCAUUCACCCUCGGCAAAGAGUUUCGACAGGGAGAGAGCUACUAUUAUAUCUCCAAACCUUUGCACCACCAUGGACAAGAGUGCCUCAGGCUCAGGGUGGAUGUCGUAGCUGCUGAUGGCUCCCAAGAGGCUAGAGUGGCCAAAGGAGGUGGUGCGGGUGGGGCUACAGCUGGAGCCGGGGGUGGAGUUCACAACCCCUCCAACAGACUGCCUGCAGCAGAUGACCCGGUGGUAAUCCUGCCAGAGGUCCAGAAGAGUGUGCGGACAAGCGCCGCCGUGACGGCGACGUCCUUCUCCAUCCUGUCUUUGCUAGUCCCGAUUUCAUUACUGCUGUUGCUGCACUGAGAGAGAUUAUGAAAGAACUGCUAUUCCCAGACACUCAUUUUCAGGGACUACAAUGAAGACAGUCCGUGGGGGCGAAACCACUGACUCAAAAAGGCAGUUUUCCUUGCCCAGUGCUGGCCACAGGGAAAGAGAGAGAGGCUUAUGAAGCUUGUAAAGUACAGAUGGAUGGACUCCCAUGCACUACGUGUGCAGAGUAACGCUGUGUUUGAACAUCUGAGAGGAAGUAUUUGCGCCUAAUCUCAUUUUUCAAAAGAUGACAGUAUUUUUUUUUUUUUUAAAGUUCAUGCUGUCUUUUUUUGAGCUCUUUUCACAAAGCAUAAAUGAGAACAUAUGAAGAAUUUCGAAGCGGAACCCGGACUGGACAGAGAACGGUCGAGACUAAACGACACCAUGGAUUGAUAAACGUAUUUGGAACAUAUAGAUGGAAAUCUAUAUGAAAACACUAAAACUCAUUAAAUGGAAAAAGGUUCUCUUAUUUUUCGAGCCAAAGAUCAGUCAUCUCUCCAACUUGUACACUAUUCCACCCUCUGAGUAUUGUGUACUGUUUGUUGUGUUGUUGCUGUAAUGGUGUUGAGUGGCAUUGAUGUCCCAAGUGUUUAAUUUUCUUCAAAUGUAGCAUUGACAAAAGCAGGGGCUGUUUUAAUGAUCGCCAUUCUUUUGCAAACUCGACCAUGUGCUUAUGAACUGUAGCACUAUACUGCACAGUACAGACCGACACUACACAACACGUGCACACAGACACACAGACACAGACACACACCCGGUAGCACAGGAAGACGCACUACAUGAAAUAGGUGGGGGGGGGGGUUUACAUGUACAAUCUGUGAAGUUAAUUUAUAACAUUUGCAGCUAAGAGGUUUUACUGUAUAUAGCGUAUGUUCAAAUCAUGAAUUGUUUACUGUGGGAGAGGUGGAGACCCUUUUCUCCGUGUAGGUUUAGUACUUGCAUGAAAGGGAGAAUGUGUGUUUGGGUGAGAGAUGGGGAAUGAGUGUUGUUGGGCAAGAUUGUGUAUAAAAGGAAAGAUUAAACAAAAUGUCAUUCUGCCAAAAGCUAAACCCUGAUGCUAUGUGUAGGAGAGGCUGGACUUCUCUCUUUAUUAGAUCUUGUCCCGGUCGUGAGUAAACCGAUUCCCAUUUAAGAGUUGGUCGUCAAAUCCCUCACUACAUCCUCAACCAGUGUAGUGUUAAGGUGCUUUUCUUUAUAUGCAUGCAACCCCAGCUGCAAGCACCAUCGCCAACCCAAAUACCUUCUAAAAACAAACUAUCCAGCAAUUGUAAUGGGUGAGGUGAAAUAAUCGCAGCUGCCUAAAUUUCGUGCAUUGUAAAUCAUAGGCCACGGGGCUCGGCGGUUCGAAUCCCCAUGUUACCUCAGGCUUGGUUGGGCAUCCCUACAGGCACAAUUGGCCGUGUCUGUGGGUGGGAAGCCGGAUGUGGGUAUAUAUCCUGGUCGCUGCAAUAGCGCCUCCUCUGGUCAGUCGGGGCGCCUGUUCGGGGAGGAAGGGGAACUGGGGGGGAAUUGAGUGAUCCUCCCACGCGCUACGUCCCCCUGGCGAAACCCCUCACUGUCGGGUGAAAAGAAGCGGCUGGCGACUCCACAUGUACCAGAGGAGACGUGUGGUAGUCAGCAGCCCUCCCUGGAUUGGCAGAGGGGGUGGAGCAGAGAUCGGGAUGGCUCGGAAGAGUGGGGUCAUUGGCCGGGUACAAUUGGGGAGAAAAAGGGGGUAAAAAAAAUCCAAAAAUGAGUAAAGCAUAGGCCACCUGUAAUGAAUGUGGCAGUUUUUCGCACACCUGGAAUUGUAGCCAAUCCACAAAAGACACGACACGGCAUCAAACCUAGUUGCCAAGCACAUCUUCACCAGACAGGCUGUGUAUGACUACCAUCGGAGUCGACCUGUUUUGUUAUCGAAAUUAUCGUUUCCUUAUUCUGUACAUGUGUAAGUAUGAGACGUGUAUAAUAUGUACAUAGAGAUGAUUAUAUAAAAACAUGUUUGAUAAUUAUGCUCAAUGUGAACAUUUUCAUGUGAAAUAAAAGAUAUUUUUGGA